GAGAUAGAACUAAUUAAUCACAAAUACAUUUUUGUGACCUUUUUUAGUCAUAUUCUAAGGGUCCUAAUAAUUAUAGAGCUAACUGUAUGUGUUUGUCUUGCUUUUGUGUAUUUGAGGUUAUAAACAUGAGGGCCCUUAGUAUGGUCUACCUCUAUGAAAUUCAUGUCUUCAAAUGUAAAUACAUGACUAAUAUGACUCUGGUCGCAGUCAGAGAAUGAACAUUGUUUGACCUGCAUUUGUUAAUUAGCAGCGAAUUAAAUUUUAAAAUGUACAGUAUCGUUCCACCUGGCUUCGUGUGGUCUCUGUUAAAGAAAAUGUGGACGCUCCCUUGAGCAGAGCCCCCGCUUUUCCACACUCCCCCCGCUGCGGGAGGGUGGGGGCUGGACAUGGGGGGAGACACCGGCUUACGACGUCAAAGCGCCGGGGUACCUUCACAGAGAGACUGUCCAGACCGCUCACACAGCCCGAGAGCAGCUGGACCGCCUCGCAGGGACAUUUUCAUCCUUUUCAGUAAAACCGCGUUUUGAAACCGAGAGCGGUCGACACUGAAUCGCGCCGGAGAUAAAGAGGUAAUCAGCGCGAGCGAGAGGACACACAGCACAGACCCCCUCCAGACUCGGUCACCACCAUCAUCUCCACAAAGCUCCUUUAUCUCCAGCAUCGCUGGCGGGGACGACGCGAGGACCCGAGUGAGAGAGGCUGCGAGAAAACAAGCCAGCAUCAACCCCCCUCAGGAUUAACACUGAGAGAGAGACGGAGAAGAGCAGCAGAGAUUUCCACUACAGGAGCUGGAUCAUAGCCGGCUGAAGGAAGCCCCUGUACCGGAGACCCUCUCUCCCCCUUCCGAGGGCGCCGCGAGUCCGUCGCAAUGAAGGAGCCCGACGCCAUCAAGCUCUUCAUCGGCCAGAUCCCCAGGAACCUGGAGGAGAAAGACCUGAAGCCCAUCUUCGAGCAGUUCGGCAAGAUCUAUGAGCUGACGGUCAUCAAGGACAAGUACACGGGCAUGCACAAAGGAUGUGCGUUCUUGACGUACUGCGCCAGGGAGUCCGCUUUGAAGGCCCAGAACGCGUUGCAUGAACAGAAAACGUUGCCAGGGAUGAACCGGCCCAUUCAGGUGAAGCCAGCGGACAGCGAGGGCCGCGGAGACAGGAAGCUGUUUGUCGGAAUGCUGGGGAAGCAGCAGUCGGAUGCUGAUGUGAGGAAGAUGUUUGAGCCAUUCGGCAGCAUAGAGGAGUGCACUGUGCUUCGAGGGCCAGACGGAGUCAGCAAAGGUUGUGCGUUUGUGAAAUAUCAGAGCAACGCAGAAGCUCAAGCAGCCAUCAGCGCUCUACACGGCAGCCGCACUCUACCGGGGGCCUCCUCCAGCCUGGUGGUGAAGUUUGCAGACACAGAGAAGGAGAGAGGCAUCAGGCGCAUGCAGCAGGUCGCUUCUCAGCUGGGCGUCAUCAGCCCCAUGAGCCUCCACCUGGGGGCCUACAAUGCUUACACACAGGCACUUGUUCAGCAGCAAGCUUUGGUGGCUCAGUCCGCUUACCUGUCUCCUGUGGCAACAGUUGCAGCAGUGCAGAUGCAGCAGCUGGCUGCUCUCAACCCCAGCAGCAUCAUAGCCACACCCAUUGCAUCAAUCACCCCCUCCUCAGGUACAAGCACCCCUCCAGCCAUUGCUGCCACACCUGUGCCUACUCUGCCUCCACCAAUCGCAGUCAACAGUUACCCACCUGUGCCUGCCCCACCCAGUGGGCAAUCAGCCUCAGAAACACUGUACACCAAUGGAGUCCACCCUUAUCAAGCUCAGAGUCCUGCUUUGGAUCCUCUUCAGCAGGCCUACACUGGCAUGCAGCACUACACUGCCACAUAUCCUGCUGCUUAUGGAUUGGUUGGUCAGCCAUUCCCACAUCAGCCCACCCUGGUUGCUCAGCAACCCCAGCAGCCACAGCAGCUGCAGCAGCGAGAAGGUCCAGAGGGCUGUAAUAUCUUCAUCUAUCACCUGCCUCAGGAGUUCACAGACUCAGAGAUGCUGCAGAUGUUUCUCCCAUUCGGCAACGUCAUCUCGGCCAAGGUUUUUGUUGACCGUGCCACCAAUCAGAGCAAAUGCUUCGGCUUCGUAAGCUUCGACAACCCAGCCAGCGCUCAGACUGCCAUCCAGGCCAUGAAUGGCUUUCAGAUUGGCAUGAAAAGACUAAAAGUGCAGCUGAAGAGGCCUAAAGACGCCAACCGUCCAUACUGAGAUGGCCAGGUUUAAAAAAGAGGACUGAAGAAGUUUGGAGAGAAUAAAAAAACCACCUUUUUUUUUUCCUCAGCUGCAAAAUUACGGGACCAACUGCUUGUUUCAAAUAUCGUACGAAGAUAAUGAAUACGAAUAUAUACAUUUAACAGAUUUACCUAACCCGCUGCACAAGGCUUGGGUAUAAAAAAAAUAAAAAAUAUACAUUUACAACCUCAUCAGUAUACAGUAUAUGAGCGAGAACUUUUUGUAGGCAUUCUGUACAGCUAGUCACUGGCUAAAACACUAUCGAUGCAAUGUCACAGACUUUGCACAUUUGUUUCAUGCGCACUAUUUGAAAGUGUGUGUGUGUUUGGGUGUUUCAGGUGGUUUCAAGGCUCCAUCAGGUCUGGAACCAUCACAGCAACACUCUGCACAUAAAACGGGACCAACACAAAUAUGUCACGUCCACACAAAGGGGGAUAAGACUGGCUUGUGCUUACACUGGACUACUGAAGUCUAUUAAGCGCCAGUUACGUGUAUAUAGAAAUUUAUUUGGGCCAUAAAAAGGCAUAUCAGUGGUGUUGUGGGGGGAAUUGGUUGGGUUUUUAAAUUAUUUAAGCUCACCAGUGGGUACGUUAGCUAGGGAAAGAGCAUUGCAGUAGAAGUUGCCUGCAAGCACUGAUCUAAUUCAAGUAGAAAUGGAUUGCGGAAGACAAGAAAUCAGAGAGUUCAGGAAGAUCAGAGAAGAGCGAAGACAAAAGGGAGGGGGGCACGGGUGGGAGUUGGGGUAAGAAAAUGAAUAUUGUCCAUCACAGUAAGGCCGUAGUUAGAUUUUACAUUUUCAGAUAUGUUUAGGAUGAUUUUGGGGGAAACUUGUGGGGAAAAUAGAGUGGAAAGCAUUUUAAAAUAAUGUAUUUCAUUGUAUAUAUCAUGGUUUGAAAAUGGAAGUUAAGAAUCUGAUUAUUAUUAUUAUUGUUAUUAUUAUUAUUAUUAUUACUAUUAUUAUUACUAUUAUUAUUAUAGUAUUCUCCUUGGUUCAAAAAAGGUAAUUUUUUAUUCUUUUUUUAAACAGUUGAUUAAUUUAUUGAUUUCUCGAUGAAGGCUGUUUUUUAAAUUAUUUAUGAAGAUAGAGGUUCAUUGGCAUGUAUGCCCGUGGAUCAAAGUAUUUUUAGAACUUUUAUUUACAGAAUUACAAUUAAUGAACAAUCAUUAUUCUCUAUUUAUUUUCUUCAGGCCUUGUUUCACAACCUGUCAAUUACCAGAAAAAUAAAAUAAAAUUUUAAAUAAUAAAG